AGGUUUCUGAUCUUCUUUCCUUCUUCUCUCAUCUGAGGAAGUGGUCAAACAGUCGCUGUCUCAUUGUUUCUGUAACAGAUGUGAGCAGGUUCUGUCCUGAAAGCUCUUGUAAGGAUGGUGGGAUCAUUUAGGAUGUGGAUUGUAACUCUUUUUUUCCUGGGAUUGGUAGAUUUAUUUGAAGCCGCCCUGCGUCCCCGUUUGUCUUUUCCACGAGGAAGUCUAGAGCGUAGCUUGGGCAUCUAUGACAGCUCUACCGUGAAGAACUACACCACCCUGCUGCUCAGCACCGAUGCUAAAACACUUUUUGUUGGCGCCCAAGAUGCUGUGCUCUCACUGGACGUCAGCCAGCCUGAUAACAUUACACUCAAAGACAAGUUGCAGUGGACAUCAUCUGAAGACAAUCUUAAAAGAUGUCACAUGGCUUCAAAGACGGACUGUGGAAACUUUAUUCGUGUUUUGCAGUUUUUUAACUCGACACACCUCUAUGCCUGUGGGACAAAUGCAUAUGGACCACAAAGCAUCAUAAUUCCAGCUGGGACUCUGAGCACCAUGAGAGACACAAAGGAUGCCAAAAACUGCUGUCCAUUCAGCUCCACUCAGAGGAACACAGCCACCAUUGUUGAUGAAGAGCUGUAUACAGCGACUAGUGUUGGCUACUUUGGGAAAAAACAUCUCAUUUCACGCUGCCUUAGCACAGGAACACGCAACAACUUGAUGCUUGACAGCGAACCAAAAUUGUUAAACGAUCCUGUAUUCAUACGUUCUACACACAUCGCCAGUGAAGGUAAAAUCCUGCUGUUUUUUACUGAGGUUGGGGACUUGACUGGAGACUUAUUUGCGAGCUCAUUUACUGUGUCCCGUGUGGCCCAAAUCUGCACAGAUGACAAUGGAGGACACCGGGUCCUGCAGAAGCGUUGGACAUCUUUUGCCAAGUCUCAGCUGGUCUGCCAACAAGGGGACGGACUUCAGUUUAAUAUCCUGCAGGAUAUUGUCACGCUUUUGGAUGAUGACUACCCUGAUAAUACUUUGUUCUACGGUGUCUUUACCCCCCAAUGGUCGUUGUCCUCUGGUCGGUCAGCAGUCUGUGCUUUUAGUCUAGCAGAUAUUAAAGCAGCAUUUUCAGGGAAUUACAAAACAUAUAUGAAUGGAAACAACUGGUCACGUCAUCCAAAUGCAGAUGGCAAACUCGGAAAGUGUGGAUUGUUUAAUGACAGUGACAGCAUGUUAAACACUGUAAAAAAGACCUUUCUCACUGAACAAGCAGUGCGUCCUAUGGGGAAGAAACUACUUCUGUCAUCUCCUGAAGAGCUUUAUAGCCGUUUAGUUGCUCAGAAAACCCAAGCUGCCAAUGGACGGAGUUAUACCAUACUGUACCUGCUCACCGAGUCUGGAUUUCUUCAUAAAGUCGUCCUGCUGACUAAAGGUCCUCAUAUUAUCGAGGAGAUCCAGGUUUUCAAGCAACCACAAACUGUGAAAAACAUCAUUCUCUCCACCAAAAAGGGUGUGUUAUUCAUUGGCUGUUCUGAGGGUGUCUUUAGAGUGCCUGUGUCCCGCUGUUCAGUCUAUCCAAACUGUGCAGAGUGCGUGUUGGCCCGUGACCCUUUUUGUGGAUGGGACUCAGAGACUAAAGUGUGUACUCCUGUAUCCAGCACGCAGGCUAAACUACAACAGGACAUAGAAAACGGAAACGUCAAAGAGCAGUGCGCAGAGCUUAAAACUACAGGUCCUGCUACAGUGCCACGAAUUGCACAGUUUAAUGAGAUUGUGGUUUUACCCUGUGAGUCGAGAUCCAGGCUGGCUGAAGUGACUUGGAGGUUUUUAAACAACAGCGUUGUGUCUCAGUUGCCGUACGUGCACCAGGCCGACGGCAGCCUGACGUUUCGUGUCACUCCGGAUACGGUGGGCAUCUAUCGCUGCGUCUCGGAGGAACUGGGCUUCAAGCAAAUCAUUGCCUCGUUUUCUGUUAUGCCCCCCAUUACCCCUCGUUCAUUCUCUCACCCAUCACACCAGCAUCCCGAUGUGACCCGGGACUCAAGUAAGGAUACUGAAAUGGAGCCAAUACCUGAGGAUGACAUAAUGUUUGAAGAAACUGAACCCACCAAAGGAAAAACUAAUCUCAUGAACUCUGAAAAUACGGUUUGCAUCAAACAGAAAAGUUACUACACUGAAAUGAUUGCUUUUUGCAUCUUGUUUGUUAUGUGUGUCUGUUUGUUUACUGGUUUUGUGGUCUUCCGGUGGCACAGCAUGUGGUAUAACAAAACCGUCCAACAAAAUACCUCUAAAGAUUUAGAGACAGACAGUAUCUGGCAAACGGAAUUGGUAGAAAAGCAAUCUCCUAAUAGCUGAGUCCAGUUAAAACCAGCAGUAGGCCUAUAUAUGCUGGGUAUCAUAAAGACAAUGUUUAAAUAGCGCUGAUUGCAGAGAUAUGGGACAAAACCACUUACACUUUGAAAUGAAUCAGAGAUGACCACUAGAAUGCUUUUAACACAAAUGUGACCCUGGACCAUAAAACCAGUCAUAACUAGCACGGAUAUAUUUGUAGCAAUAGCCAACAAUAUAUUAUAUGGGUCAAAAU